CGCUAUGCUGUGUUUUAACUCGGUAGUUGACUCCUUUGCAUGGCUUGCAUGGCGGGCACGUACUUUUUCGUAAGCUGGGUGGGACGGCUCCCUAGAAUUGCAGGAUUCGGGUGGGCCAACGGAGCUAGACCAGGGUGGCAUCACAGCUGUCAUACAUCGUAGGUCAAAGGUAUCCCACAUCGACUAACCCAUCUACCGAGUGCCACAAGGGUGCGAAAUCCGAUUUCAUGACUUUUCAUCGAUGCUUCCCACCUCAACGUUUCCUCAGGCAUUCACACUUUCUGUAUUCAUCAAGUAACCAUCUUCCCCACAUCAAUCGUUUCCGCAACGCAUGCCUUGCACGAAAUGAUCCUCGAAACAAGUUUGGUUACGCAACUACCAUCGGAUGGCUGGUUCGAAGGAUUCGCAGGCCUCACCGACGGCCACAUUUUAGUCACCCGUAUCGACCAGCCGGAACUCUACAAGCUGGAUGCCGAAGACCCAGAUGCAGAGCCGCAACUCCUAUACACCUUCUCCAGUACUGAUGCCAGUGGGCUCGUCCAUUUAUGCCCAAUUCCAGGUCACGACAACGAUUUCUUAGUGCUCUCGGGCAAUGUCGACCUCAUCAGCGUCAAAGCGGAGAACUACAUCGUGUGGCGGGUAACGCUUGGCACGAACAGUGACCCGCCUACAGUGACUCAAGUAGCCCAUCUACCUGAUGCAGGUCUCGCCCUUGGGCUCGUGGCAGUUUCGCAGCACAUGUUACUUGUGUGCGAUUCGGCGAAGCAUUGCAUUUAUCGAGUGCAUCUGCAAACAGGGAAAUGCUCGGUGCUUGUAACCGACCAAUCCUUCCAGGCCGCUAGCGCGGAAGAUUUUUUUGGCAUCAACCGGGUUUGUGUGGUCGGCAGCUAUUUGUGGUUCACAAAUAGCAGCCGCGGUAUCCUGGGUCGUGUGCCUGUCGAGCUGGAUGAGGCGGUUGAGGAUUGUAUCCAAACGACAGGUGCUGUGGAAAUUCUGACGGAUGAUUUGCCUCACUGUGAUGGAUUGGCUGUGACGCCAGAUGAGAAGACUGCCUAUACUGCGUGUAUGACGGAUGGCCGGUUGUGGAGGGUCGAUAUUGGGAGCGAUAGGCAGGCUUCGACAAGUGUUGUCAUGGAAAACCUUGUCAACCCAACGGCUGUGGAGUUCGUUCAUACUCACGGAAUAUCCAAACUGUACGUUGUGUGUAGCGGUGAGAUACAGUUGGGCUGGAGGAAUUCAGAUAACUCAUCAGCUUCGUGGAGUGAGUUCGCCGACAUAAACAACAGUGUGACGGUCACUGUCACAACGGUAGUUGAGAAUGUCAAACCCGCUUGACUGGGCAUUCAAUUUAUUUUAUUUCACAUUCUUUGUUACUGUAUCUCCAUACUAUCAGACCCGACGAAUAGGAACUGG